AAACAGCCUGUCCUCUUCAGAAAGCUUCAAGGGUGGAGAUUCUCAAAGGGGUUGCUCACUGAUCGACUGAUACAGACAUAACCCGUUUAGCCUUGUUCUCUCUGGUGGUGAGUCCGGCUGCUCUGAGCGAAUCAUCUGGAGGAGAUCUUCAGUCUUCCAUGAGCCCAGCAAAGUGGUUAAGAUUCUCCCUGAAAUCAUAGGCAAUGGAUGUCUAAAACCUACCGAGAGUAUGGGAGGAAGACUGUGCCGUGAGGAGUUGAGAGAGGAGAAGAAAAGGAGCCCUACCAGAGACAGUCUGACAUCAUCAGAGAAAGUCAAAAGAUUUAUUGUCAAACAGUUUGGAUACAACGUCCUGAGCCUGGCCCGCCGCGGCCUGAAGGAGAUGCCGGACGAGCUGUGGGAGCUACUGGAGCUGGAGAAAUUGAAUCUAUCUCUAAACAACCUAAAGACUGUCCCGCCUCAGCUGGCUCUGCUCUCCAACCUGGUGGUUCUGAACCUUUGGGGCAACCAGCUUAGCAGCCUUCCACCGGAGAUCGGACAGUUGAGCAGACUUCGGGUUUUGUUCAUCUACAGAAAUAAUCUGACAGAAGUUCCUGAAGAACUAGGAGCCUGCACACAGCUGGAGGUGCUGAGUGUGGCCAAUAACCAGCUGUCCUCACUGCCUGCUUCUCUGUCCAACCUGAGCAGACUGAAGAAGCUCAACCUCAGCCACAACCUCAUUGCUCACGUCCCAGGCUGCAUCUACAACAUGAAGACUCUGGUAUUCCUGGAUCUGUCCUGUAACCAUCUGGAGAAUCUUGCAGAGAACAUCCAGACCUUGGUUAAUCUGAAGAUCCUCAUUGUAGAGGGAAACAACCUUCACUCCCUGCCCAAAGCUGUUUGCUUUCUCACCAGGUUGGAGCUGCUAAAUCUGGACUUCAAUGAUAUCAAGGAUGUUCCCCAGGAGAUGCACCAACUGUUACAGCUGCAGAAGCUAGCUUGUCAUCCUCUUGACAAAGGUCUCCACAUCAUCCACAACCCACUCCUGAAACCUGUGAAAGAGGUGCUGGACGGAGGGCUGGGUGCCCUCUUCAACUACCUGAAAGCCGGUUAAGACUAGGCUGAGGCCUGUCCAUCCAGCCAAUCAUGUAGAAGCUGUAUGCAAAUGACGUCACUGUGAGGAAGGGCUGAUGUCUGCAGUGGACUUGUACUGCAGGAGCUUACUCAGAAAUUUGCUCCUAACUGAGCAAGAACAGGCGUAUUUAAAGUUUUGGGGUUCAUAAAGGCUGAUCGGGUUAAGUUCAAUCAAGUCUGACUACGACAAAUCAUACAUAUGGAAAGGAUUGCAGCUCAGGAUUAGGGAUCGCCAUGACAACAGGUCAACUAAACCUGAAAAUGUCAGCAGAAGAAUAGAAUUUAAAGUGCUUUUACUCUAAACCUGGACAUAUGACUUCAAAGCAUAAAAAAAACUACUGAAGCAGCAAAGGAAAGGAACAUGCAAGCAAAUCAUGCUGCUUAAAUGAACUCAUGAAAUAAAUGCAAGAAUAAAGAGUUUUAUUUAUAAACAACUAA